AUGUGCUGGCCCGCCCUUUACUCCAUUCGCAAAAAGAAAACCAAAGGCAAAAUGUUUGACGGAGCCAAGUCUCCCAAAGAUAAAUACCAAUCCGAACGCACUAUUCGUGUCGACGCCAUGCCUCCUCCUUAUCGAUCUACAUAUGUGGUCGAACCAACUCUCGUACCUGUUAAUUCUUACCACGAAAGUAUGUACUAUACUCAAGUACGAGAACAAGAACGGGAGAGAGAACGCGAGAGAAUACUAGACUUUGAGCGGGAGAGAGAAAGAGAAAGAGAAAGAGAAAGAGGACGAAGACCAAGUUGUUCAGAUCUCUUCCAUAAUAUCGACGUAAUACAACGUCUAGGCGAAAGAUUAAAGGGGUUGAAUACAACGUUUUCGCCUCCGCCGCCAUCAGUCUCCCAUUCCAACUCGAGCGCAGUCAGUCACACUUCUUCAGUUGCUUGUAAUAGCAACGCACAUGCUCGAGCCCAAACUCAAACUCAAACAAACGAGAAUUUCGAGAACACGGCGAUAUUGGCAGCGAGAAUUAAAGAGCUAGAAAGGGAGAAAGAGUUAGCGAGGGAAAAGGCAAUCGAAAAGCUGAGCGGUGGGUUGAACGGUGUUAGGGGUGAUAUCAAGGGGCUGCAGAUGAAAUCUGAGAGGGAAGAAGGGAGAAGAGAAGGUAGAAUAGAGGGGAUGGGUAUCAAGAUUUUGGGUACUGGAAAUAUACCUCCAUUUGGCGAAACCUGGGUUAACACGAAUGGAGAAAUGAAUCCUUUCUUGCCACCUCGCGGCCAAGAUCGAGAAGUCGAGACAUUGAGACGAAGGAAUGAGACGGAGCAACAGAAUACAUGGGGUAGAGCGGAUGAAGAAGCUAUUUUUCGCAGGAUAGAUGGUAAGUUUGCGGAGGGGAGGAUUGAUCGGCUGGCAGAUGCGGAGAGAGAGUUUGGAGAGCGACAACGGGAGAUGGUUGCGGUGAUGGGGAGAGGAAGGGAUAAUGAGAGUGCGGUUAGGAUGAAUAGGUUUGAGGAUAGAGUUGAGGGGCGCGUGGGAAGAGUUGAGGAUCGGGUUGAGAGGAUUAUGGAGAGGGAGAUAGGGAAGGGAAGAAUGUAUGGUGAGGGUGUAGGAGUUAGGGAUAGAGAGAGGGAAAGAAGAGAUAGAAGUGAGGUUGGAAGAGAAAGAUAUGUGAGACCUAGAAUUAUGAGAGAGAGGGAGAGGGAGAGAGACUGGGAGUAUGAAUAUGAGAACAGAGUUGGAUCCGGGGGCUUAGAUAUCGGGGGUAUGGUUAGAUGGGUUGACUGGAUGCUAUUUGUAGAGUUACUUUGA